GUGUAAAAACAACCUGUGUCACUGCCUCCUGGUACGCCUGAAACAUGGCACACAUCCAGAGGGUGCAGAAGAAGACCAGCACCAUGUCAUUGACCAUCUCAUCUUCAUCUUCAUCUUCUCGAGAGGUUUCCUCUCGCUCCGCUACCUGCUCCUCCUCCUCAGCCGUCCUCGCGCAGAGACACUCCAGCCUAGUGCAACCACUGAGUGUCAGUCCUCAGAGGACUCAGAGUCCCAUCUCCAAUCAGCAGUAUUCAGGGAAUGGAGUGGCCCCUACUUUUGUUAAGUGUCUCCAUGACAUGUGUACAGUGAAAGGCCAGCUGGUGGUCCUGGAGUGCAGACUGAGAGGGACUCCGCCACUGCAGGUCAUGUGGUACAGAGAGGAUGAACAAAUACUGGACUCAGAUGAUUUUAGGAUACUACGCAAGAAGGCCAGCUCAGCAUCAGUGCCAGAGGAACUGUGUACACUGGUGAUCACCGAGGCCUUUCCAGAAGACUCCGGCCUCUUUAAAUGUGUGGCCCUCAACCCGUUUGGCACAGUCUCCUGCUCAGCCAUCCUGGAGGUUUACAAUGACCUGGAGGAACAGCUGGAGGUGGAGGCUGUCCAUCAACAGGAAAUGGACUCCAUCAUCAGAGAGGAAAAGGAGGCCAUGUUCCAGCAGGAGUGUGCAUCUGUCCAGACGUCCUCCUCCAGGAAGAGCAGCGAGGACUUUCCCCCUGUGCUGCCUGAAAGUGUGACUCUUCCCCCUCCAGAGUGGCCCGACACCCUCCUGGAAGGCAACAUCCCCAGUGCAGAUUUCCCAGAGCCUCAGCCAGCCAACCACUCCUCUGAAGAGCCCUUUAGUGGCAGCCAAGAGGAGUGUACUCUGAGUUCAGAAGGCCAAAGCUCAUCAGUAGUCACGAUCCAAGCCUUUUCACCAAGCCCUCCUCUACCACCACCACCUGCCCAAGUCAAGGAGAAAACCCCAACACCUAAACUGUUCACUCCAAGCAAGCUCAGUUUCACUACCUCCCAGUCAGGAGGCAACAACAUGAACCUGUCAGACCUUCCUACCUUCACUCCCAGUGCUUUCCCUCCCAGCGCCUUCAACUAUGAGCGACCAAGACAUUUUAUUCAGUCACAACCGGCCUUUCAGGCUCCCAGCUACGAGAGUGUGCUGAGGGAGUCCCAGGAGACCCAGACUAACUCCUCUCAGAACAUAAUAAGUUCCCAGAAUACUUCAAAUGCUGCUGAGACUAAAUUGAUGUCCACACAGAGCCUGGCAUUUUCUCAAGCUCAAUCAGUGUCUAAAACCAUAUCCCAGACUCAGUCACAGUUUCAGUCCCUGAGUCUCAGUGAGAGUCAGAGUCAGUCUGUUACCCAGGUGCAGAGUCAGGCCAAUGGUACCAGCAAGUCCUCCCCUUCCUCCUCCAGCGUCAGCUCUCCUGUUUCCACCCCAGCCUCCUCUGCUGCUCUUCCUCUGUCUUCCACCUCCACAUUGCUCAGUCCUACUGCCAGCCUCUCCCCACCCUCCACUUCCACUGUUCCCCGCAACACCAUGCGCUCCACUAUCACCCUCACCCCUAGUGUUCCCAGUGCCACAGGCCUGGGCAGUGCCACCCUGCCAGCCAACCAGGACAGCAUGUCAGCACCUGUUGCAUACCUCUGCUCUGUCCUGCCCUCCCAGUCCUCCUUCUCCCCUUACUCCUCCUCUAAGUUGUCUCCCAGUGCCAACAUCUCCCCCUCCCGUUCCCCACUCUACCCCUCCAGCCCUCUCCUCCCCACCAGGGUCCCCCCCUCACCUGCCACCAUUCCUCAGCAGCAUGUCCCAGUGUCCCCAUCCCAGCCCCACACCCCACUCUCUCCUCCCUCCUCUCUCCAUCAGCCCAACAAUAUAAACAGAGUACAGCCUACUGUGGUCUCCCUGCCUGCCAACUACAAAGGGACUCCAAACAUCCUUCCUAAGCCCAUUCUGAAGAAGUCUGUCAUUGCUCCCCGGCCAUCUUCUGCUCGCUCCACGGAUGAAGACAUCCAGGGCUCCAAAGAUGCCCUGAUCCAGGAUCUGGAAAAGAAGCUGCGCUCAAAGGAGGCCAGAAGGAGACACAGCCAGAAACUGUCCUAUGAGGAGCGAAUGGCUCGCAGGCUGCUGGGUCCAGACAAUGCCUCCUACAUGUUCGACCAAGACAAUCUGUCAGACUCACAGCUUGACCAGCCAGAUUCACCAGAGGGAAGACACACAGGUGGACUGUGGGGCAGGCACCACUCAGGGACUGAUGACAGGGGAAAUGAGGGCCCAGUGAUCCAGGAGAAAUGUUACGCUCCUCGCUUCCUCCAGAUCCCUCCAGACCUCACUGUAGAGGAAGGACGCUUCUGUAGGAUUGACUUCAAGGUUGGAGGUCUUCCCAUCCCAGAUGUGUGCUGGUACCUGGAUGGUAAAGCCAUCCGUCCUGACGACUACCACAAGAUGUUAGUGUGUGAGAAAGGGAUGCACUCAUUCAUCAUUGAGAUUGUAACAGUGCACCACGCUGGAGUUUAUGAAUGUGUCGCCAGGAACCGAGCAGGGGAGAGCAGAUUCUCCAUGAGGCUUGAUGUAAUAGCCCAGGAGGCUCUGCGCCCUCCCACCUUUGUCCAGAAGAUGUUAAACUCCAGAGCUCUAGAGGGAGACACUGUCCGAUUAGAGUGUAAAGUGGACGCUUCUCCUCCUCCACAGCUCUUCUGGAAGAAAGAUAAAGACAUGCUGCGCAUUGACCCCAACAGAAUGAGUCUGUACCAGGACGGCUCGGGCAGACAGUGCUUGUUGAUAGAGCGAGUGGUGAAGUCUGAUGCCGGGUGGUACACUCUGUCUGCCAUCAAUGAAGCUGGCAUGUCCACCUGCAACGCCAGGCUGGAUGUAGGCACUCGUACAGCCCCACCCAUGAAAACGGCGCCACCUGCUUCAAAGACCCUGAAGCUGCUGUCAUCCCUGAGCCACGUGCCCACUUUGAGUGUGGAGAGUCCCGGGCAGCACACGGCCCCGCUGUAUGAGAGUGAGGAGCUGUAAAGCCACAUCUCCACUGUCUGCCGCACACAUCAGAAAUGAAGAAAACAACGCACGAGAGCCUGCAUUUUCAGUCAAAUGUCAAGGCAGAAAAAUCCCAGCAGACCAGGAUAUAUCUCACAGCUCUGGAGGCCAAACCCAGUCAGGCUAGGGUUGUGGCUGUACUUAGUUUUACUGUGGAUAUUUUCUCUCUAUUUCUGUCAGACACAAAGAAAACAGAGAAGGUGCAGUGUUUGCUCCAAGUCCUUCAGAUUUACACAGAGCGAUGUGUUAAAAUAUGGUCAUGAAAUACUUUCAGAAUAACCUGAAACCUGAAGGAUUCUGGGUAGCUCAUAUGUGCUUCAUGUCUAUAAGCCUCUGUUCGUCCUGUUUGCUCUCAGCUGCAUGGUGCGUUUAGGUCACUCAUGUAUAAAUAGGCCCAGAUACAGCGUGGCAGCCAGUUCUAACCUAGAGGCCAACCAUAUCACUGUAAAACUUUAGUACAACCCACAAUCUACCACGCUGCACUUUAAUCCUGACAUCUGACACCUGUCCUCUUCCCUUUAACUCACUAUCAGGUUGUUUGAGCCUCACUGUUGCUUUUCUGUUUCUGAUGACGUGUGUCUAUGAAGCUGCACUUACUGGACUGCAAAUCAGGGGUGUAUUUGUCACUAACCUGAUGUUUCUCUUAGUUACUGCCCUGAUUCUCUGCUGUGGAAUCAUCUCAGCCGAUAUUUGUUCUUCCAGUUGGUUUCUAUUAUACAGUGUAUGUGAAUGAAGCUAUUUAUCGACAAUAUUAGGAUGUAUCCUCUGUCUGCAAAAGACCACAACCAGAGGUGUACAUCAGUGGUGUGGACACAGAGCAACAGGCUGCCAUUCUGAGAACGUGCUCUGCAAUCCAACACACACUAAGUUGCAUUUAAACAUGCAGAACACACAUGUACAAGUUUCCCAUCUGCAGUGCAGAUACAUUGUGUUUUUACUCUUUAGGAGGUAAUCAGUUCUCUCCUCACAUAAAUACAUGAUGGUCGCUAUCAGUGUGUCAGCCUCACAUUCAUCAAACUCUCACUCCUUUCUGACCUUUGAGCCUUUCAGAAAAAAACAUCUGCGAUAUGAAAAAGGACGCUUGUUUUGCCUGCUUUUGUUUUUUUGUUUUUUUUGUCCAGCCAGGAGCUCUUUUCCCAAAAUCCUGUAUUUUUUGCCUGAAUCUGCAUGACAUGUAACCCUGCGUGGCCAUUAUUUGGUCUGUUCGUUGUAACAAAAGCCAUUAAAAAAAGCUAAGAUCGGGGACAUGGGAUCAUCAUUCUGUUAUGAUGUAAAGUAGGGACAUGUUUCUCUCAGAUACAUUAUUUCUGACUGUUGUUAUGAAGUAGUUUGGAAGAAACAGGUUUAAAUGGUGGCUUUGCUUAAAGCUUCAGAGUAGCUUUGGUAUGUCCAGCCCAUUCUGAUGAGAUGUUAACCUGCAGGUAAUUGUGUGAAUUCUUCUUAAAUUAUAUUUGUCGUGUAACUAGCUCUACAUAUCACUGUAUGAAUGAGGAAUAAAGUCUACAUGACCCUG